AUGUCUGGUCAGAGGCAUCGCAAUUCAACAGUCAUUUCGAUUGGUACUGAUCAGGUAAUCACACCAACAACGUGCUCAAUUGACGCGGUGAAAAAUGCGAAUUUGGAUGGUAAUGGAAAAGAUAAUCAACAAUCAAAAGAUAAGAAAUUCCAUAAGAGAGGUUUCAGUUUCGGUGCGAAAUUCACCGGAAAUUCGCAUGAUCGGUUAGUGAAUGUGAUGAAUCAUACGGAUUUUUAUACGUUGCGUCGCAAGGAUUUCUUGAUAUGGGUGCUACAGGACGAUUGCGAAUCAAUUAAACUCUUUUCCAGAUGGGGUCGUAAUCAUCAUAAUUCGGCAGCGUUGAGUAAUGAAAAAGAACGGCACGAUAUGGCCGUAGCAAGGUUGCUAGGAACACCGUUAUGCCCUCGAAUGGAUGAAGUGAGUAUCAUCGAGCCAUUGAUUUGCAAGAAGAUUGCACACGAACGAUUGACAGGUCUGGAAUUUCGUGAGGAUUGUAUUGUUACGGCUUGCCAAGAGGGAUUUAUCCUCACAUGGGCUAGACCUGGGAAGGUA